AUGUCCAGCUCCUGCAAAGUCUUGGUGCCCUUCGAGGACGAUCCCAGGACAGACCACAAGAAGCUGAGGACUGCAUUGUACGACAUCGAGCUCGAGGACACGGCCAACGUCACAGAGGCGAUGAAGUCUGCAUGCAGCUUGCUCAGGGAAAAGUUCAGCGUCUCAGCGGUCGGCUGCCAAGUGGUGAUAGUCGUGGACGGGGCUCCGUCAUUUGCCGAGCUCAGGCAGCUGAGAGACAUUGUGAACCACUUGCCCAAGUCCAUAGUCUUUCACAUUAUCGCCAUGGGGUCUGACGACGAGCUGCAUCGCUGCUCGAUCUACCAAACUCUUGCGGAGAGGUCUCGGGGACUGUUUGACACUGGAGGCUACAAGAAUGCCUUCACCAUGCUAGCAAAGAGAUUCUUCCAGCCGUAUCAAGGCAUGAUCGUCUGCGGUCACUUCCAGACAAGUAUCACCCUCUACCCAGACCCCAACCUUGCCGUGGACUCAAGUUCUCAUGGCAUGACGGGCUCUCGUGAUGUUCCGAAUGCUCCAUCCUCUGGCCCUGUCCCGCCAUUCAUCGCCAUCCGCGGCUUUAUUCAAAAGAGCGUUCUUGUGACUGAAGUGAAGAGUGACUACGCACAGUUCAAGUUUCCGAUAAGCUCAAAACACAUCGUCUUUCCUGAUCUCAGAAGCAACGCAACCCCCCAGCAGAACUGUUCCUUCCUCUACUUCCUCCUCAACAGCUUGUUGGCCGACGAGCUGGUUGCUGUCUGCCAUCUCCUGCCUGGAGCCCAAGGCAAGGAGGCGGGAGACGAGGCCAGGAGCUGCUUUUUGCUCCCAUCGAACCAGCCUGCGAGUGAAAAUUCGAGCUCGGAGAAGAAGACAAAUCAACUUCAGCUGACGCUCUGUGAUGCCGCGAUCGUUGACAAGUCUCGUUGCAAGAUGGUGGAACUCAUCAACUUGGGGCUGAGUGCGAGGAGCUCAGAGGGAGAUGCGAAGCAGAAGGAGAAGAAGCAAAGAUUGAUGGCAGAAGACAGCCAAAUUCCUUCUCCUGAAACCCUUCAGAGCGAUUUGGCCAAAGUCCUCAAGAACACUGCGCAGCUUCCAGCCAAGAAGGAAGCCUUGUACAAGGACUGCGAGCGACUGCGAAGAAGCUGCCAGAUGUACAUGAUGCCCAACAUACGGGAAGCGACCGUCCAAAUCUUGAAGGCUGUCAUGGAGGGAGAGCAUCAGGACUCGUCAGGGGACAAGGAGACAGCAGGCGAGCGAAGUUUCUACAUAAAGGACCUCAUGGAUCAGCUUUCUCGGUCAGACCUCUCCCAGCCAAUCGUCCCUCCUCCUGCCUACGAGCCGGAGAGCGCCAAGAAGAAAGGAGGCAACAAGGCGUCUCUGGAAAACAUCUUGGGGUAA